AUGGCUUUAGUUCCAUCUUCAUUUGAGGCUCAAUUUUUCAAUUUUUCUCAACUCCAAAAGGAUCAGACAUUUACUAUAUUAUCUACAGAUGUUGACCCUAAACUUCAAAAACUUUGUGGAGAAACUGACUACCCAAUCGAAUGUUUAACGUCAACUAUUCCAUUCUUAGAUGAAAAUGUUGCCAUAAACCCCAUAUCUAUUCUCAAAGUUGAGAUUGAUGCAAUUGAUAGCAAGACUAAAGAAGCGUUAGACAAAGCUUUUGAGCUUUCGGUGAAUCCCCCUCCUUCAAGACUUCUCCUUUCAUGUCUUGAAACUUGUAUCGAUAAUUACAAUUCCAUUCUAGAAAGCAAACAAAAAAUCCUUAAUGCUAUCUCUUUGGGUGAUGCUGACCAAGUGAGCAUGGAGCUAAGUUUCAAUAUGGAGAAUGUUUUUGCUUGUGAGGAUACGUUCAAAGAAGCUGAAAUUGAAUCGCCAAUAACAGAAUUGAAUUCAUUACUUGUCAAGAUAAUUACCAACAGUAUAACCAUCAGUGUUGGCAUGAUCAACUUUUAA